AUGGCGGCCAGUCAUUCAAUACGAGGAGCUGAUGGCCGAGCAUCGGAGACGACUGCUCUGUCGACUGUCACUAUCGCAGCGACGCUUCCGAGCGCCGCACCCCAAUUCGUCAACUCAACGCUCUUCGUCUCAGCCAUUCUCAAUAGCACCAACUUCUUCCGUAGCGAGCACAACGCGACGGCGGCCACCUGGAACACCACCACAGCGGCCUUUGCGACCGCUUAUCUGGAGAAUGACACCGACUGCACCUUUGCCCACUCGGGCGGGCCGUACGGCGAGAACAUUGCCAUCGGCUGUUCAGACGCGGCAUCCUGCGUGGACGCCUGGGGGAACGAGCGCCGCGAGUACGACUUCUCCCACCCAGCCUUUACCGAGGCUACCGGCCACUUCAGCCAGCUGGUCUGGAAGAACAGCACAACCGUGGGCUGCGGGCGACGGCUCUGCAGCAACAAGCAGAAGAAUUCUGGCUGGUUUCUGGUGUGCGAGUAUUGGCCACGAGGCAAUGUCAUCGGCCAAUUUGGCGAGGAGGUGGGCCGGCAGGCCGGCAGGACGACGGAGAGCGCAGUUUCCGCAGACAGACAUACUUCUUCCGGUGUGAUCCUUGGGUCACUGGUCGUGUUUUUCCUCCUGGUGAGCGCCCUGGCAGGUGAUGCAGCGACCGCGCUGGGAGGCUGA